AUGGCAAUGGACGCCAAAGAGAUUGAGGCCAAGGCCAAAGCCUUGAGCAAGGCUGCGACAUCCAACGAGCCCUCGUCCGUUAUUCUGGGUCUUUUGAAGGAUAUUCAGACAGGUGUUCGGGCCACAGAGGAUCUGCUGCGCCAAACGCGCAUCGGUAUCAUCGUGAACAAGUUCAAGCAGAGCAAGGCACCUGAGGUUGCGCGUCUCUCUAGCGAAAUUGUGUCCAAAUGGCGAACGGAAGUCAACAAGCAAAAACAAGGCGGAGGUACAGCAGCCGGACGAGGAUCGAGCUCUCCACGACCAGCGCAAACCAGCACAGCGUCAACCCCCGCAAGUGCAGUGCCCUCAGACAAGGCCUCGAAGUUGUCUGUGCCUCCCGACAAGCGCACCUGGAAAGCGGACGGGGCGGAGGUGAACCACACCGGAAACCGAGUGCGCGAUAGCUGCACAGGGCUCAUGUACGAUGGACUGUGUCUUGGGUCCACCGAGUCACCCAAAACCAUCGUUGCUCGCGCCGUUUCUAUUGAAGUUGCAGCCUACAAGCACCUUGGACCAGAAUCAAAGGAAGAGUACCGCACGAAGAUGCGCAGUCUUUUCCAAAACCUGAAGAACAAGUCCAACCCCAAGCUGCGCGUGCGUGUCCUUGAGGGCGAGAUCACCCCGGAGGAGUUCGUGCGCAUGUCGCACGAUGAGCUUCGCUCGGUCGAGCAGCGUGAAGCAGAUGCCAAGAUUCAGAAGGAGAACAUGGACAAGGCAAUGGUUGCCAAGGCUGAGCGCAGUAUCAGUAAGACAUUGCAGUGCGGCAAGUGUGGCAAGCGUGAGGUUACCUACACAGAAGCCCAGACCCGUGCUGCUGAUGAACCGAUGACUCUCUUCUGUACUUGCACCAACUGCGGCAAGUCCUGGCGACAGUGA